CAAUAUUUCAAGAAAUAAUGCGUAUAAAUAUUUGAUAAUAAACAUGAAUGACCCUACUCUAACUGUUAAAAUUAUAAAAACCAAAAUUAAAAAUUUGAGGUCUGUUUACCACUCAGAAGUGAAAAAAAUUAACAGUUCGAAGCGAUCCGGAUCUGGUGCCGCAACAGUAUAUAGUCCAUCCCUGCCAUGGUUUAAAGAAAUGCACUCUUUCCUUGGAGACACAGGUGAUUACCAGGAAACUAUUGAGACAGCAGUGGACACAGAAGAGUCAUCGCAGGAUUCUCGACCAACUAGUGCUAAUUCGAACUCUAACCCCUUGUCACCGCCAUCAGUCAGCACCGUAAUGUCGCCACCCUCGACUACUGACAUUGCGGAAGAAGGAACACCAUCCCGUUCAUCUAAGGACACACCAGCACGGCGUAAAAGAAGGAGCAUACAAGAAGAGCCGAUCACUUCUGCUGUAAAUCGUUUAGAAAAUAUAACUUCGUCUAUAAACAGACAAGCAGAAUAUGAUGAAUUUCAUUUUUUUGGUUUGAAUAUUGCUGCCCAAUUGCGAGCCCUACCAUUAGAUGAUGCACUAAGCGUGCAAACUGAGAUUCAGACAAUUAUAACUGCGGCUAGACGUCGACAUCUGUACCCAAACUUGUCUACAUACUCCACUUCACCCAUACAAAUAAUAAAUUCCACACCUACUUUUACAAAUAUUCAAACUAACUACUUACCAGAUAAUAUGUUAACAAAAAUAAAUGUUUCAUUUGAAAUAAUAUCAGUGUUAUACUUACCCGCAUAUAAUCCUUCAGAGCCCUGUAUAUUUCAUCACAAACUUCUGGUAUAA